AUGGAGUGCUUUGGCCCAUUGCAUGAGGCAGCGGGUAAGGGAAGAUUGGAGACUUGCAAAUACUUGGUGGAGCAGAUUGGGUUUGACAUCAAUGUUGAUGCCAACAAUGAUUCGGGCAUGACACCUCUGGCUUGUGCAGUGUCACAUGGUAAAUCCAUUGCUGCGAAGUAUUUGCUUGACAAAGGUGCUAAUCCUGAUAAGCAAGACAACAAAGGCUUUACUCCUCUGCACUACGCUACAAAAGAAGGGAAGGACCGACUGGUUCGACUCUUGCUAUCUAAAGGAGCUAGUGUUGAUGUAUUCUCUUGUGAAGGGACGCCACUACAUGUUGCUGCCUCAUAUGGGAAGACUGGCAUCAUGCAGAUUUUGUUGCAGCACAAUGCUGAUCCAAACAGGGUCUCAGCAGAUUUAGGUACACCCAUGGCUGCAGUUCUUUGUGUUGCUUCUGGAAGAAUUAGUGAGUCUGCUGCUUUGAAGUGCAUGAAGCUCCUUGUCAAGGCCGGUGCUGAUUUGAACUGUACAAAUCUUGAUACUCCAUUGGUUAUGGCAACUAGCAAAUACUUGUCUGAAUGUGUUGAGUACUUGUUGGAGGUCGGCGCAGAUGCCAAUAUUCCAAGCAAUCAUGGCCAUAUGGCACCAAUAGAAAUUGCUGCAAAAUCUGGAAGGAAAAAGCUUGUGGAGAUUCUAUUUCCUUUCACUUCACCCAUUCAAUCUAUGUCCAAUUGGAAUGUUGAAGGAAUCAUUGCCCAUGCAAGAUUAAGGCAUUCAGAGAACAAGGACAAGGGAAGUGAUAAAGAUAAGAAGACUGAGCUAAAAUUACUUGGUGCAAAAGCAGUCGAGCGGAAGGACUAUGCUGCUGCAUCAAAGUUCUACAGUGAGGCAAUCAAAGUGGAUCCUGCCGAUGCAAUGCUGUAUUCAAAUAGGAGUCUAUGUCAUCUAAAGAGUGGUGAAGCAUAUGCUGCUUUGCUUGAUGCUAAUGCUUGCAUAAGGCUGCGAGCUGAUUGGCCAAAAGGUCACUAUCGGAAGGGAGCUGCCCUCAUGUCGCUCAAGAGGUGUAAGGAAGCAUGCCAUGCAUUCUUGACUGGAGGGAAGCUGGAUGCUGCAAAUGUGGAGAUACGUCAAGCAUUUUGGGAGGCAGCCAAGGCAGUGAAGAAAGAACAUUUGGCUGGACAAAGGACCAACUGA